CUGACCACACUACACUGUCGACUGCAUGCAACUUGAGAGAGAAGUGGACCCAACAGCGUUCACGGAGCUUUUGCACAGAGUGUAAUAACUGAACACUCGAAUGUUCCACCGCUGGCUCGCUAACACUGUUGACGUCGCCAGUUUGUUAGAUAUCUGCAGGUGUCGAGACGAUAUUGUUAUCUGAUCCAACGCACUUACCAACACAUCAGACAUUUCCGGAACUCUCACCCAACCUCAAUCUCGCUCCAGACACAUUAUUGUGGUAUCGUAUGUUAUCCGCCCUCCUCGUGUCUGCAGCUGCUCGCGCACCGCGUCGUGCGGUAGAAGUUCUCACGCGCUCUCUCGACCAAUCGUACAAUCGAUCUUCGCCCAUAAAUCGCGCUUAUUGGUGCAUUGUCUGCAUAAAUUAUGCUCAGAUAUUUGGCGCCGGUGACAUUAGGUGUCUGCGCCGUCAGUGCGGGCAUUCUUAGUGGGAAACCAGCGGCGAGUAGAAUCAGUGUGUCGUCUGCCGUUAGGAGGCUGUUGGUCGCAGCAAAUUGCCACGCUGGUGGUACUGGAAUCUCCUCCUUUGGAAGCAUGGAUUAUAAGGAAGAAGCUGAACGUAUGUCACAGCGGGUGUUUGAAUUAUACAGUGACAGUGACUGGAAGGUUGCCAAAACUUCGAAAGACAUCCGAGUUCUGUACAAGAAAUCCGCUGAAUUUGACGGCUAUGUAUACAGAGCCGAGUGCACGCUGGACUCGUCUCCCGAGAGAAUCCUGGAGUACAUCCUCCCGUCACCGAAGGGACUCCGGGGAAAAUGGGACAAGAAUGUCAAAGAAUCCGAGGUCAUUGAACACAUCAAUAAGGAUCUAAUCGUCGCGAGAUCCGCUACACAUAGCGCGGCUAUGGGGCUGAUAUCGUCUCGAGAUUUCCUCGAUUUGAUCUACGUGAAGCGGUACCCGACCAACAACAUGGUGUGCACUCACUCCAAGAGUAUCAAGCGUAAGGAUUGCGCAUCACGUGACGGCUUCAUACGGGGUACCAACUAUCAUGGCGGCACAUUCUGUAUACCCGUGGAGGGGGAGAGCACCAGGACCCGAGUGAUCAACAUGGUCCAAUCCGAUCUUGGUGGGAUGCUGCCCAAGACUCUGGUAGAUUCAGCGCUGCCCAGCAACCUCAUCGACUUCUUCGUGGAUCUAGAUAACGCCCUCAAGUCAAAUAUAGAAUAAGAACCAGGCAGAUGUUUACGAUGGGAUGGGGGAUUUGGAAGGGUUUAUAAACAAAAAAAAAACAGUCUUUCGCUGGUUACCCUGUUAAAUGUUGUUAUUGCGCGAAUUCAAAACGCGAGGCUGGCGACCAGCCAAAUUAACCAUUUUCUACUUAGGCCUAUAUCAGAUCCAGCUACAUUGUAAUGUGUAUUUAAAGAGCGUUCUAGGUUUGACUGGUUACCCAUAUUGAUUGGUAUCAGAACCAAUCUUCUGCUUGAAGACAGGUCUUAGAUGUUUGUUCGAUCUCUUGAAGCGUCACUCUGGACGAUUAUAUACGAUUCCAGUCUAAAUAAAAUGAUUUAUGUAGUGUGUAGGCCUAGAGUUCGGGGAGGUAAUCCCAAGUAUAGCCAAGUCUUACGGAUAAUAAGCUUAAUUUGAUUUUCAAGGGGAAUAUUAGAGUGAGUCUGAAAGACGAUGCUCGUUGGGGCUUUUUGAAAGCAAUGUUGUGAUUCGAUGUUGGUAAGAUUUCUGCUGCAUGUGAAAAUGGCGCGCUUUUAUUGUGUCAUUCAUUGGUAUAACUUAAAGUACUUUUACGGUAUUUUGGCAUAUGGCGAAAGCUAUAUGACUUAAUAUAUCUUGUCGUCAAACCUGGAAAAUUGCAUGCACUUUGUGAAUUCAUAUACAAUGUUUCUAUUUAAAAAAAUAUAUCCAUAAAUAAAUAUUCAUAGCAAAUCCUCCUUUAUAAAAAAAAUAAUCUUGCAUUAAGGUCAGAGGUCAACGACUUGCACAACCCAAACUGUUAUUACUGUUGUUAACUAGAGGUUCAUUGUAUCAGCAUGCUGUCCGUGUUUUUCAUCAGGGUUUUGAAUCAAGACCUGCCAAGAUAGGCUGGAUUGGAUUGGCUGGGAGCAAUUAAGGAGAUUGCGGGAUGGAUACCCGUAUGUCGUCAGGUUAGCGAUCCGGUGAUUAGGGUAAGCUAGUCUUGACUCGAGCAGCGAUGAAAAUGUCGGUAGCAUCAUAGACAUCUAUAAUGAAAGAUUGAUGGGUAGUGCCAGGCAGAUCCCGUGCAACUGCUCAAAUAUAAUCACUUAUGUCUGUAUUUUGUGGCUGGGUAGAUGUGAAGUUGGAAGUCCGUACCCCUAAUUAAAGUUGAAGAUGAGAGAUGUGAAAUAAUGUGUUGGGUUGGAGACUAGCUCCAGGCAUAGGGCUUGACCGUACAAUGACAUUUGCAAACUUCGUCGCAUGAUGCAAGUUACCAACUGAAAGAAGUUCACGAGAGAGAAAAAAAAAUAUUCGAAGUAUGUCUGGUGGAGAGUUUAUCCUUGGUUGCCCUGCCGCCACGCGUGUUUAUAGGCUGUGGUUCGCGUGCUUCGUGCUCCACGUGGUACGGCAGCCAGCUCGGCAGGAGCAAAAUUGAUCGGCGGCUGGGGCACUGAGUGGUCGACAACCGUUCCGAUGAAGUGAGACUUACCCCAGCAAUCGGAUAUGACGCGUGCCACGAGCUAAGACGUAAGAACACACUGCGAUGCACGUAGGGGGAGUUGUAUUGUCGAGGAGUGUUUGGGUUUUUUAGACGCUCGUCUUCACCUUGUACUUGGACUGUCCGGUGUAUUAUCGGUGACGCCCGCUAGCGACGUAUGACGAAGCAUUGCGGCGGCGGAGAGAUAGAUCCUGAACACGGCGUGGCUGGCAUCGAGGGCUUGCGAGACCAUCAAAACCUCUCUACAUCAUUUUAAUUCAUUUCCAACGGGCCCUCUGGGGCCCCCAUUUCAUCCUGACCAUCCAUUUCAUCCGUGUUUCGUACCCGCUAUUUUUUCAAGUGUCCAGCAGUCAAUUAGAAUGACCGAACUGAACUCAAAACUGUUCAUUUAAUCCUAGAAUACGAAUAUCUCUUGCUUGCAUUUAUAAACGCAUGCAUAAAGCGAAAACCAUUUGACUUUUUCAUGCGCAAUUAUUUCUCCAUUAUUCCCUCGCUGAAUGUCGACAUAAUCGUAGUUAGAUGAAAGAGUGGUCAUGGUCGGGACAGCGACCAGACAACACGUCAUCCCAUUAAAAUUGAUUUCAUUCUCUGAGCAGUAUUGAUUUCGUCGCUCACAAUCUGCCACGAUUGCAUCACAAAGAUUUGGACACUGAAUGCCAGAGGUUGUCAAGCUGCGAUGUUGGUCUCAGACCAACUUCGAGAGUAAUUAAUUUGUUAUUGAUGCAGAGAUUGGCAUUUUUGACGCCAAGCUGUAGAAUAGAUCCCAACAUGUACAUUUUUCAAAUGGAUGCCCAAAUACGACUUUUUGAAAGUCUGAAAAAUGUAAAGGAAGGCUGCAUGUCUGGCGCCACCACGAGUUUCAAACUUCAACCAUUGUGGAUUGAGAUUUAAAAUGGCGUCAUUAUGAGGUCCUUGGAUAUUAGAUGCAGACCAGUAAAUAUAUUCCUGUAGGCACCAAUGAUAAAUACCACAAACUUGACUGGGGGAAAAAAAUCUCACAGGUGAUCAAAACAUGCAUCAAAAUAAUGAAAGCUUGAUUUCGCCUUCGCUCGUACCCCCGCCCUGCAAACAGGGUUGAGAGGGGGGGGUACGAGCGAAGAUUUCGCCCUCUUUCACUUUCUGUUCAGUUCUUGGGUGUUCUAACUGAUGAUUUUUCUCAUCAAAGAUGAACACACCCAAAAGCAGUACUGAAGACCAUCGCCAUUUUGAACAGCGACCCCUCCACUCCAUUGCAACAUAGUGCAACUUUCUGGUCAAAUUUCAACCCAAAGUUAACAGAAACUUCACAGACCGGUUCACAGCUUGGACCUUCAUUUCUACCAACCCUCGAGCAGGUACCACAAAACCCCUCUUAACAGAAGAAAUGACAGUAUACAAAUCGUGAUUUGGCUGGCUUAGGCAAUUGUGGGCCUAUUUACUGGUUUGCAACCUUAGAAUCGGGCAAUCGUCUUACGUUGCUCCAUCUCCCUUUUAAAUGUGAUUCACCGGUUUUAAAUGUUCUCAAAACAAGCUCUCAGACUGGAGUCUUUCCUAGUCGAUCGCCUGAUUUCCCAAAAGCAGGCCAUAUAAGCGGAAGCCGACGCGACAAUUUUCAGCGGUAGCCGAACUCGAUGCAGUCGGAGACGGGAGGUGAACGAACCCGAACAACGGAUCUAUAAUGAUUGAUCGUGAGUUGCUCUCGCCUCGUUUACUGGACCCGUCAUCACGUUACGGUGCAGGACGAUGACUAAGCUUCCCAAACCACGCUGGUCCUAGUCUACACUCAAUCUGUGUUAAUUGUUUGUGCUGGGGCUCCGGAGGCGAUCUUACCGUAUUAAUACUCGUCUGACAACAGCUUUAGCAAGAGCAUCAUCCCCUCGGUAGAAGCCCUCAAGACGACUUCAUUAAUUAACAUUCCAACCCUUAGGACCUUCUCUUUUCCCUCUCCGACGGCCGAUUGACACGACCCGGCACUGAUAAUGUUGUGAUGAUAGCAUUUGUCACUUGUCGCAUUUUGUACAUACAUCUUGUAGUAUUUUUAGAACUUAGCCAUGUUACCAGAACGCACCAUGCAUGAGACGAAUCUGUGACGCUGUGAACAUGAAUGAGCUGUAUGUCUAAGAAGGGAAUGUGUACGCGACAAUAUUGGACCAAAAUAUUUUUGUAUUACCAAAACAGUGCGCAAAAUAACGAUAUUGAUGUGAGGUUUGCCAUAGGCCCAGUUUUCAUUGGUGUUGGUGUUCUUGCAGGGGACUGAACAUAAGCAUGUAGGUUGGGAAAGGGUGAUCUAAUCAUUAAUGUUAAUGUAAAGGACCAGAGCGGUUAGGUUGUAAUUUAUAUGCAGAAUUCAUGUUUUUCUUGUCGCUACUAUGCAGUAUUGUCUCCGUAAAUUUUUACCAAGACUUUGCGCAUGAUUUUUUUAAUCUUCAUCUGUCUGGAAAACUGGCUUUCAUGUGCCGGAUGUCAUCACAAUUUAUGGAUAAUGUUUAUAGUUAAGAUUGAUUUUUGCGUUCAUAUGUGAAGUCGUUUUAAAGGCGUUCACAUCAUUUACCCUUGAGACAUGGUUACAUCUUGUUUUGUUUAUCUUGUCAUGUUAACACGCUUUCUUAAAAGGUAUUUUAAAAGAUGUUUAAUGAUACCCCAGUAAAUUUAGGUUGUAGUGAUUAAUUCCCCUUUAAGGGGAACAUCAAGUUCAAAAUGACAAAAGAUGCAUCCAUUUUCGUAGUUUUGUUUAAUUAUUACAUCUGAAAAUUCUGUAUGUCCAGCUGAAAUCUAUGCGUAAUACUAGAUAAUAAGGCUCAUUGUGUUACAGAUACAAUAUCAGAUUUACAUUAUCAAAACAUUUUUUUGAUUUUUUUCACAAAUAAUUCUCCGGUCUGUGUUUUUUUUUUCGUUUUGUUGUUCGUAAUUUCCUAUAGGCCUAAUGAACGAUCCAUUUUUGCCGUAAUUGUAUUGAAUGUGUAAAGUGAACUUAAAGCAGCUUACUAGUGGCGGAAUGCAAGCAAGCCACUAUAUUUAUACUAAUAUUGCAUUAAAAUCGAUAACUAUGUAUUGAUAUUAUGAAUGUAUUAAUUAAGCAAUAUCGCUUGUAUUGUGUGUAGUGUAUUGUUUCGGAGAUUAUAUUCUAUAAGAAUUAUCUCCAAAUAAGAACCACGUAGUGUAAUGCGCUGCACUGAUAGACAAAAACAAUCGCGGCAUACCAAAUACUUUUAAAAUACAAAGUUGUGAAAUAUUUUUCUUGUGUAAUGACGGCUAUUGUGCAUUUUUUGGAACUGUCUUAAAAGAUAGGCACUUAUUGGCUGAAUGUAUUAUGAUCAAGUGAUGCGUACUUUAGACUGGCUAGCUUACUUUAUGUAAUAAAACUAAUUGCUAUGGCACUGUCCAGAUUAAAUGUGGCUUUGUUAUGCUAAUGA